AUGUGUAGUUUAACCACUCAAGACAGUAGCGAAUCCAUUCUUCAUGACGAUGGGCCAUUCUUACCUCCACUAGACCUCUUUGCCAGUCGUAUAUUAUCAUUUCUACAGCCAAACGAGGUCUUGAGGCUAAGGAGUGUAUCGCCCGCCUUCAAUCGUGAAUGUACAUCAAGUACGUUGUGGAAGUACUUUAAUGUCGUUCACGGCACUUUGAACAAGAGUCCAGAAUUGGUUGAACGUAUGCUGCAAGAUGGAAGAUCAUGGAUGGACGUUUGGAGAGUCGUGAUUCAACUAGAUCAAGUGUGGAAGCGUGGAGAAUUCGAAAGGGUUGAGUGCUUGAAUGGCGAUGAUUUCAUUACAAGGAUGAUGGCUGGCAGUGACUUUGCUGUCGUAAACUCGCACAACGCCAAGCAAUUGUCUCUAUUACAACUGCCACCUACACAAGAUCUUAUACAAUUUGCUGAGAAUGAUGGUGUCGUGCUAUCAAUGGCAAUGCUCGGAACUAGACUCGUCGUUGGUACACAUCCUGGAACCCUUUACCUCCACAAUCUAUUCAACGGACAAAUCCUCUGCCAAUAUCCACAAGCUCAUAAAAGUGGCAUAUCAUCCUUAACCGUGAACGCUAAAAUGAUAUUGAGUUGCGGGUUUGAUGGUAUGAUUCACGUCUGGAAACUCGCUCACAAACGAAGUGUUGAAUCCAGCAGACAAGAUAUCGAGAAGCAACCAAUAAGUGGACGCAAAAAAUGGCUGAAACACGUCAUUGAAAGACUAGGAAACCCAUCAUCAUCACAAGUCUCUCCUGUAUCGCCAUUGUCAGGAUCGCCAUCGAACUCGGAACAAGUGCCAGCGAAACGUCGUAGAUUUAGGAGGUUUCGAUGGUCUUAUAAUAUGAAAUUUCAAAAUCCUAAAAAUGAUGACUCCAUGCAAGAAGCUUAUGCGUUGGAAUUAGUGAAAAGCAUGCCUUUUGCCGAUGAAGACCUAUAUUCUAUAACUUCAUUAGCUUCUGGGCUCGUGUGUACUGGAGGAACUAGUGGAAUCGUCAAAAUUUGGAAAAUCUCGUCAGGAACGUGCAUUCGACAGUGUAGGGGUCAUUCCGACGCCAUUACAAGUCUAGCCCUCUCAUCAUCCACAUCUGUACUGUCUGGAUCCAUGGACUCGACUAUUAGAGAGUGGGACAUCAACUCGACGGACUGCUUGCGAACCUUCCAAGGUCAUCAACAGUGGAUAAAAACAAUAUCCACUGUAGGUUCAUGGCUGGUCAGUGGUGGUUAUGACGAAGUGUUGAGAAUCUGGUCUUUAAACACGUUGUCGAACGCAACGACAGUAGUUCCAAGUCACUCCGUGAAAUUGAAUGGUGGACCUAUCGUCACAAUUCAAGCUCAAUUUGAACAUAUUGUUGUUGUUACGACCAAGGAUAGAAGGUCUCAAGUCACUCUUCUGGAUUUCGCUGGCCCCUUGCUCACCAAGGAAGCUUUUACGAUCAGCAAACAGCCAGCGGCGGGUGAUGUCUCUUCAGACGAUGACCUGUGGCUUGACGCUGAUGAAGAGUUUGAUAACUCACAAGAACUAUUGUGUUGA